AUGCCUAUGGUAUAUCAACCUUAUCUGUAUCAUGAGCCUCGUCAUGUGCCCCCACAAGAGCCGCCGGGGUAUGCACGCCCAGAACUAUCAACGCUGCCUGGUCCUCGACUACCACCCUUGGGUCAAAUAAUGGACAGCAGUCUAGAUCCAAGGUAUAGGGCUUAUUCGGACAAUAGCUAUGUGAACUAUCAGCCUCUACCGCAAACAUUGCCGUUACGGAUGCAUCAUCAAGGUCCUAUUAUCACAGAUCCGCGCGGUGAUUAUACCCAAUAUGAAGAAAGAUCGAGUCCUAUUCUAAGCCAUGACGGCGAACUCCCUAGUCAUCGGUUGCGGACAUACGACUUGGAGUCCCAUCACAGCAGCAGUUCCACAGCUUUACCAAGUCCUAUAUACUCGGAAAAAAGCCCCAUCUCCUUCACUGGGUUUCAAGCAGCAGCAAUACCAGCAAAUACACCAAAAGAAUCACGACAGACCGGAACAGCAAGCUACAGUAUACCCCAUGGUUUUGACAAAAUUCUAAACCACGAACCUGAACCUGACCCUGACCCCGAACCAUCACCAUCACCAUCACCUUCGUCUUCACCUUCACCACCGCCAUGCCGAGACUCCACUCAACCCAGGUAUCACCUACAUGUUCGUCAACAGCCCGUUGCAGCACGAGCAUGCGGUGCAGGCGAUCGAGAUCGUCGCCCCGUCGACCCCCCACCAAUCGUUCAGAUUCUCCUCACCGACUUCGAUUCAGAAUCCCAAGAUGACAAGGACAUUCUUCAAGACCCACGGUUCACAGUAGGAUGUCUACUUUUCCCAGUCACCGACUCGGGUAAUUGGGCCCAGCCACCAGAUACAGAACAAGCAGAGAGAGAACGUGAUAAACGAGAACCCGACGGUGUAGCCCGUGCAGACGACAAUCUAUCAACCCCACUCCUCUCAGGGAAAGCAUUCAUGUCACCAUUCUACGUAGAUGCAGAUCCAGAUCCAAAUUCUGCACCUACACACCCCUCUUCCGACGAUACGCAACUCACAAGCCCUACUACUCAACAUCCUGGCUUGCGGAAUGCAUCGAAACUUCAUCAGCCUGCGACGUUUUUUAUUUUUGCCGAUCUAUCUAUUCGCUCUGCUGGUCUUUAUCGGCUGCAGUUUCGGCUCAUGAAUUGGGGUUCUGUUGAGGAUACCGGCCAAUCUAUGCCUAUUCUUGCUGAAGCUUGGUCUGAUCCUUUUCGAGUUUAUCCUGCGAAGGAUUUCCCGGGAAUGAGAGAUUCUUCUAUUUUGGCUGAAGGAUUGAAGGAGCUUGGGUUUGUGGAGUUGAAGACUCGUGGUAAGGGGAAAGGUAAAGGUAGAAAGAGGUCUUGA